GAAACUUCUUGUUGAAACACUUGAUUACAAGCAGAUUGAUAUCUUUCGAAAUAACAUGCAAUGUUUGCACAUUACAAAUCGAGUUUAAUUCUCAAGAUGUGUUCAUUAUGGGUUUAUUUUCUUCCGGUAUUCAUGACACAUUGGAGACAGAUUGUCACGAGAGAUAUUUCAAUUGACCAAAUACUGGCUGAAAAUAAUGGUAACAAAGAGUAUGUCAUCGACAAUGAAAGUGCUUUGAUGGAGCUCGAUAUGAUCGUAGAUAAAAUUGACAGUCAGGAGCGUUACCGUGCAAUUGUUGACAAAGACGAAUCAACACGUUGGCAGAGAAAUAUUCCAUUUGAAAUUGGCAAUGGUAUUGAUGAACGACAGGAACUAGCUAUCCGACGGGCAAUUCCUCUGUGGGAACAGUACUCAUGCCUUAACUUCUAUGAAAACAAACAGGUGUACAACAGAAUAGUGUUCAAACUUGGAUACCAUAACUUGUGUGCGUCAGAGGUUGGAAUGAAACAAGGACCUCAGAUAAUUUCUCUUGGGGAAAAGUGCUUUGAGCCAGAGAUAAUUCUUCAUGAGAUAGGACACGCCCUGGGAUUCUAUCAUGAACAUAAUCGUUGGGACAGAGAUAAUUAUAUUGAAAUACACUACGAAAAUAUUGAACCUGGAUAUAAUAAAUCCUUCAUGAAACAGAAACCAGAAUAUACGGAUUUUAAUCAUGAUUAUGAUUAUUUAAGUAUAAUGCACUACGGACAGUAUUUUUACUCAAAGAAUAAGUCUGCAAAACUUAUCACAAUAAAAACCAGAGAUCCAGCAUUUCAAACUAGAAUAGGAAUGGUCAAGCAUCCGAGCUUUCAAGAUUAUAAAACUUUGAAUGCUAUGUAUAAAUGUGCAGAUAUCUGUUCCACUAAAGUCGAAUGUCCGGAAGAUGGAUUUCUUGGAAAAUAUUGCCAGUGUUACUGUAAAGGAAAACCUGAGGAUAUUUCAGUUAGACCUUGCUUUCAAAAAGAGGAAUGUCCGAAACCAUAUGUUAAUGAAUACUUAUUUGGUGUAAUGAACAAAGACAACACACGUCCUGUCAACAUGACCCGUACAUCGUUUCCGGACAAAACAAUUUUAAAUCUCGUCUCAACCAAUUGGAAUUGUACAUUCAAUUCCCAGCUAACGUGUGAUAGUGGUAAAUGGAAUAAGGCGAUAUCAGAAUGCCCAAUUGCACUUGGUAAGGUUAUUUUUACACCUGUAUUUGACAAAGGAAAUGUUAGAUGGCGACUAUAGAAAAUAAUGUUGGGGGGGGGGGGGUUGUUAAUUUUGUUUUAAAAAAAUCCUUCAGUUUAAAAAGAUUAAUUAAUUUUGUGAAAACUUUACUGUUUCAGACUUGUGAAAGUCUAGUUUUCUAUUAACUGUUAAAAUGUAAAAGAAAUGUCACUGAUGUCUUAUAGCUACAUGGGUGCGUAAUGUCCAUGCUUUUGUUUGUCUGUAAUUAAUAUAUCAGUAAUGAAAUAUUGAUAUGCAGGUGAGUAUGUAUUAUAAUAUUAUGAAUAUAUUGUUUUUUAUUCUCUCAGAAGGCGAUAUCA